AUGUCCUACCCUUUCACGAAGUACUUCCACGAGCUCAAAGACUCCGAAGUUGCGGACAUCAUGCAGGUCAACAUGGACUCAAUGACGUGGAUGACCCGCAUUGUCCUGGGAGAGAUUGACGAGGACCUAAAGCCCAAGAGCGGGAUGCUUUUGCGCAAGCGUGGCGCCAUCAUCAACACCUCCUCUGGAGGGGCUCGGACGACUUCGCCUCUGCUGGCAGAGUAUUCUGCAGCCAAGGCAUACGUGGAAAAGUUCUCACAAGGCCUUGCCGCCGAGUUGGCACCAAAGGGCAUCGACGUGCAGGCACAAACACCGCUGUUUGUCACCACGAAGAUGGCCAAGAUCAG